CUCUCUCUCUCUCUCUCUCUCUCUCUCUAUAGAGGGAAGACGCAUCCUGUAAUCAGGUCACACUUCACUGUAGUCUCAGCAUCCGUCUCUCGCCCUUUAAAGCAGAGGAAUCGAAACAUCAGACGAGCGGAAUAAUGGUGUGGAUGAAUGUUCUGGGAUGUCUUCUCGUCCCGUUACUGAUGCUCGUACGGGUUUCCGUGCAGGUGGACGUUAAGAGCGGAAAAGAAGCGGAGGAAGCGGAGAAAACGGGGAAUUUCAUGGAAGAUGAACAGUGGCUGUCCACCAUUUCCCAGUACAGUCGCAAGAUCAAGCACUGGAACCGCUUCAGAGAUGACGAUUACAUCAGAUCAUGGGAUGAAAGUCAAGGCUCGAAUGAAAAUGUGGACACUACUAAAGAUCCUUGCCAGAAGGUCAAAUGCAGCCGACAUAAGGUGUGUGUCGCCCAGGGGUACCAGCGUGCUGUGUGCGUCAACCGCAAAAAGCUGGAGCACAGGUUGAAGCAGCAGGUCAUUAGACAGCAGCAGGAGAGUAACUGUAAGCCUUGUCCUGUAUCUUCCUCUGGUCCCGUUUGUGGCUCUGAUGGACACAACUACGCCUCUCAGUGCAAACUGGAGCAGCAGGCUUGUCUCACAGGAAAGGAGUUGAAAGUAAGAUGUGCUGGUCUCUGCCCCUGUACCGCCACCGCCGCUCCCUCUACAGAUGCGGACAGCAAACACGAGAGUUGCACAGGGCAGGACCUGGCAGAUCUGGGAGAUCGCCUGCGGGACUGGUUCCAACUGCUCCAAGGCAACGGCAAGCAGAACAGCACAGGGAAUCCUGUAGCCAGUUCUGCAUCAAUUGUGGACCGAACUCUUGUCGCGACCUGCAAGGACUCUAUUGGCUGGAUGUUCUCUAAGCUGGACACAAACAGUGACCUGUAUCUGGAUCAAGCUGAGCUGUCUGCCAUUAAUCUGGACAAGUAUGAAGUGUGCAUACGGCCCUUUUUCAACUCCUGUGACUCCUACCGGGAUGGCAAAGUCUCCACAGCCGAGUGGUGCCUUUGCUUUUGGAGAGAAAAGCCUCCCUGCCUGGCUGAGCUAGAGCGAAUCCAAGUGCAAGAAGGAGCCAAGAAGAAACCGGAUACAUACAUUCCCAGCUGUGAUGAGGACGGCUUUUACAGGAGACUGCAGUGUGACAAGAGCAGAGGGGAGUGCUGGUGUGUGGACCAGCAUGGAGGAGAGUUAAUGGGCUCCAGAAUCCAUGGCAACCCCGACUGUGAUGAGGUGGUCACGUACUCCGGCGAUUUUGGCAGCGGGCUCGGAUGGGAAGAUGAGGAAGAAAAGGAGGCGGAGGAGAACGCCGAGGAGGCUGAGGAGGAGGAAGGGGAGGUGGGAGAGGUAGAUGACGGCGGAUACAUUUGGUAAAACGAAAUGCGUUUCUCGCCUGUUCGACGUAGCUUUCUGUGGCCCAUUUCUACAGAGGCAGCUCUAUCUAUGACAUUAAACCGUGGACACUGGAGAGUCUGUCAUCUUUAUACUGCACUCCAAACUGCAUUGACUUGGGGAGGGAGGGAGGGUGGGGCUUGGUUAGUGUUAGAUGUAGUAAGAUUAAGGAACGAGUUUUCAACUGUUGGGCUUAUGAAUACUUGUGAAACAUCAUGUUUUUGUUGUAAGUGCAAGAGUUUUCUCUUGAAUCAGUCUCUAGCAUCUGCAAACACAAGCUCAGAUUUAGGCGCUUGAUAGGUGUGAUGUGAUGCAUUCUUAUGCAAGUCUUAUAAAUACAUACUUCGUCACUAUAUGAUAUUAAGUCUGAUGACGUUUUAAAGUAUGUAUAUAAAGAUAGACAGGCUUCAGGGUCUAACCUGUUUCAUUAGAGAUCUUCUGUCGACCAUCAGCAAACUGCUUUCUUUGGGAAUUGAGACUGCUGCUAAUGUUUUUGCUGUUUAGAGUUUAUGUAAAUUGUUUUAAAUGUCCUCCAAAUGAUUUAGCGUAUAUAAACAGACACAAAGUCCAAAAAAAAAAGCUAAGACUGUUACUCUGUUCUGUUCUGAAACAGUCUCUGCAUUAUUUCUUUGCUACAUUGAAGUAGAUAUAGUCGUAAAUGUCUUGAAAUAAGUAGCCUAAGUAGCCUGUUUCUCCACGCUCGCAAACUACAAACACGACUUUAGGCUACUUGCCAGAAAUACACAAUGCACUUCUACAAGACGCUCCUUGUCCUAAAGGCACUAUUUUUUUUCCUCCUGUCUUUUGUGUAAUAAUCCACCGAAACCAGAGAUGGCAAAGCAUUAUAUUUUCAUAUAAAUUACGUCUUGAUGCAGUAGCUUUCUCCCUCACCCCGACGUCCAAAUCAUUGUUUUCUUUGAAAUGGACAGUAAUAAAUCCUGAGAUAUGCGCUCUCUGGUUUCAUAUGUCUGUCAUAAUAGAAUUUGCUUAUAUUCCACUAGGUCAGGCUGUAAUACGGUACUUCUGAUGCAACACGGCUGUUAUAACGAGGCAGUGUAUGGAUGAACAGGAGAGGCAGGAAUGAGCUUUCGGAAAUGCAUUCUGACAUAUUCUCUCUCAUAUACCCAAAGGGACCAAUCUGUCUUUGCAGAUGUCUUCUAAUCAGAUCUUCCCAUCAUUUGCAGUGAAAGAUGUGUUGGCUGUAAUGUUCCUAGGUGUAAAUCUGGUGCUGCAGGGAUUUAUAUUUGAGGUCUGAAUCUUAAAAUCUACAACAUGAGUAUUGCAGUAAAAAAAAAAAAUAUCAAAAGCAUCAGUUUUUAGGGUUAAAUAGACUUGUUCUGGCAUGAUAAUUCACUCGGAGCUCCACACAGGCAAGAGAAAUGCAUUAGAUAUGGUAACAUCGGCAACGUAAACACAUUCAUCAAUGUACCGCGGCAUCUACGGGAGAAUAUAAAUCCUUCAGAUGUCAUUGAAACGGAUUUUGGCGAUAUUUAAAUUAGUUGCGGAUUAUCAUAGGCGGCGCACCUUGCUGGUGUGAUGGAGUGGAAGGACGGCCUGCUCAUUAAAAGUCAAUAGUGAAUGUUCUGAUGUCUUACUCAGCAGUGUACAGGAGUCUGCUAACAGUGAUGUUAUACCACUUGGACUAGUGUAUGAUUGUAUUGUACUGUACAUGCCAUUAUUAUUGUAAAUACUUGGAUUUACUGAUUAGAAAACAUUAUAUUUACGCUGAGUUGCAGUAUAUUUGCAUUUAGUUGCAUGUUUCUUUGUCCGAGUGUGUCAUCUUUCUUGCCUGAAUAUGAUUAAAGGCACUGGGCCCGAAA